AACAAACUGAAGCUCGGUUGCAAAUUCAAUAUCAUUUAACAAAAAGAACCACAUUACGCGCACGUUGCCUCCGACCUUCUCCCGCGUCUCGCCGCCCGCAGCCGUGCGCGAUCGACUGCCAGCGAAGUGAUCCAGUGAAAGACACUGACGACCAAUAGGAAGCGGAGCGCGGCUUGUUUCCGAGGGGAGGCCCCGGGAGGCGAUGCCAAGCCGCUCGGAGGCGACUCAGUGAGCGGGGGGAGAAGCGCAGGCAGCAGCCGGGACCGUGGAGAUCCUGCAGCCGCCUCACGGUGCCUGUGCGUGCGGGGGAAAGCGGCGCGGGGUCGCCCGGAGUGUGACGCCUGAGACGCAGCAGAUUGAUCGUCAGUUGGAGCCACAGUGGAGCAACAUGGAUGGAUUUCAUGACCAGCAAGUGCCUCACUGUAACUCCACACGGCUGCAGGAGAAGACGAGGAGCUGCGAGAGGCCAGCAAAUGACAGAAAGAGAAAAUUCAUUAAGUCCGACCUGGCUCAGGACACUGAAGAGCUCUUCCAGGACCUCAGUCGGCUGCAGGAGACCUGGCUGGCAGAAGCUCAAGUUCCCGACAAUGACGAGCAGUUCGUUCCAGACUUCCAGACUGAAAACUUGGCGUUCCACGGACUGCAGCUGAAGAUCAAGAGAGAGCUGCACAGCCCGUGUUCGGAGCUGAGCUCCAACUGUUCUCAAGAGCGGCCCUUCAAACUCCAGUAUGGAGAGAAGUGCCCGUACAGCGUCAGUGCCUAUGAGCAGAAGCAGCCUGCAGGAAUGAAGCCCUCCAGCCCAGUGACGCCCCCCUGUAGCACCCCUGUGUCCCCCCUCCACCAUGCCUCACCCACGGCCGCCCCGACGCCCAAACCAGACAGGACCUACGCUCACAUCCCGUCCUCCCAGCCGCUCGCUGACAACACCUACUCCAUGGACCACAGAUUCCGACGUCAGCUCUCCGAGCCGUGCCACUCGUUCCCCUCCCCGCCCACGAUGGCUCGGGACAGCCGGCCCAUCUACCACAGGCAGAUGUCGGAGCCCAACAUCCCCUUCCCUCCUCAGGGCUUCAAGCAGGAGUACCCCGACCCGCUGUUCGAGCACCCGGCCAUGAUGGGGGCGCCGCUGCCCCACACGUACCCCACCACCAUGAUGAUCAAGCAGGAGCCCCGGGACUUCACCUAUGACUCAGCUGAAGUGCCGAGCUGCCAUUCUGUCUACUUACGGCAAGACGGCUAUCUGGCUCACACCACCAGGACUGAAGGGUGUAUGUUUGAAAAGGUGGCGAGGCAUUUCUACGAUGACACCUGCGUCGUGCCAGAAAAGGCCGAAGGUGACAUCAAGCAGGAGGCAGGCCUGUACCGCGAGGGCCCGUCGUACCAGCGCAGAGGCUCGCUGCAGCUCUGGCAGUUCCUGGUCGCUCUGCUCGACGACCCGUCCAACUCGCACUACAUCGCCUGGACCGGCCGCGGCAUGGAGUUCAAGCUCAUCGAGCCGGAGGAGGUGGCACGUCGGUGGGGGAUACAGAAGAAUCGACCGGCGAUGAAUUACGACAAGCUCAGCCGAUCGUUGCGCUACUACUACGAGAAGGGGAUCAUGCAAAAGGUGGCCGGCGAGAGAUACGUCUACAAGUUCGUGUGCGACCCCGAGGCCUUGUUCUCGAUGGCGUUCCCCGACAAUCAGCGGCCGGUGCUGAAGACGGACAUGGAGCGGCAGAUCAACGAGGAGGACACGGUGCCGCUGUCGCACUUUGACGAGAACAUGGCCUACGUGCAGGAGGCGCCCUACUGCCAACCGCACCCCUACAGCGAGGGCUACGUUUAUUAACGGCAACCCCCCCCCUCCUCCGCCUCCUCCACCUCCUCCUCCUCCUCCUCCUCCUCCUCACACACUCACACACUCAUGCCCUCAAACACACACCUCCAUUCUCCAUCUCUUCUUCCAUCCUCCGUCACUCCAGAGACUGUUGUGUCCUCUAAUUCACAGUCGCUCCAGGAAUAAGACUGAACACACACAUGCAGCGGAGCUUUCUCUCUCUCUCUCUCUCUCUCUCUCUCUCUCUCUCUCUCUCUCUCUCUCUCCUCCCUCCUCUCUCUCUCUCACAUAAACACACACGUCCUCUGGUUCUUUUUGCUCUUGUCUUUCUGACGUCCACAGCAGGAUGGAGAGUGCACUUUACGGACAGGAGGAGCGACGCGGCGUUAACCUGCUAGCUAUGAGCUAUGUGGUGGUUUAUGUUUGUACAUUAACGUGGGAAUCGUUCUGUUUGUUUCUUCUGUUUUUUUUAUUAUUCUGAUAUUUGUUUGUCGGAGCAUGUGGCUGCGUGUUGAGACGGGACCCAACGACGACAGACGAAGCGACCUCGUCCGCACACGAGCAGCGAACGGGCGGACGAGCGCUUUCGUUCGACCUUUUCCUCGUCAUCCUGGCGACGUAUUGUUCAACGAUACUUUCGUGGUGAAGGGACACAAUUUCAGACUUGACAGAGAAAUGAAAGAGACGUUCAGCUACCGUCAGUGGGAACUGCGAGCGACGCCGCCAUUUUGAACAGCGACCUCUGCCCCCCCUUGGUCCAAUCAAACUGUAGAUCUCACGUAGGUGUUUCUGCUGUGACGACACGAACUCCCCCGGAGACGAGACGAGGCGGCGCACACGGACGCGCGGGAACUGUUCUGAGCUGCGUGGAUGAAACUUUUCUGCAUCGCAGCCUGUGUUUAGGAUAAUCAAUAAAGCCGCAGGCCGCUGUAAGAUAACUCAUUAACUGUAAACUGCAGUUUCCUUUGUUUCUCAAAGAGCCACUCAUUUGUCAUUCAGCUGUUUUUGGAAAUGAAUAACUGGGGGAAGCGUAUGUACAGUACAAAGCAACACACUCGUGAGGGUUGAGAAGGUUUGCAGCCGAUAAAAGGCUGAAAAAUCAAACCCGAAAUCCAACAUGUCCCUGAUUUCUGUUUUCUUUUUGGAUCCAGGUGAACAUGAGGUGUAAACUUUGCUUUAAAAUGUUGCAUCGCCAUUGAUAAGGUUGUUUUUUUGGGGGGUUUAAAAAAAAAAAAUGUAUAAGAAAUAUCUAGAGUUUUAUAAUGUGAUGACAAACAUUCAUGUUAUAACAAAAAUAGUGUUCCAUUGUAUAAUCAGGUAAAUCCACAUUUUGUUGCUGCUUCAAAUUGUUUGUGUAUUUUCUAGUCUCAAGAUAUUAAAAAAAAAAAGAAAAGAAAAAGAAGUGCGGCAGAUAUCGGCUUGCUAUUCUUUCAUUUCCAAUUUUUUCUUAUUUUUAAUUUUGCUUUUUUUAAUUUGUUUUAUUUGAACAUUUAAAAAAAUUAAAAAAUGUCUGGUCUGUAUGAGUUUUGUUCUCGAGGGCCACAUGUCUGGGGCGGGAUUGGCAAUAGCAGAAAUUCUGUAAUAAAAUAUCCCUGAAAAACAA